GCCAUUACUUUCUAUUCUUUAUUGUUUUCUCAUUUGAACAGAGAGAACAGAACACACAAGUGAGUGUGCGUGCGCGUGUGGUGGGGCGAGCGAGAGUGGAGAGAGCACAGAGGCAAUGGAGACCGUCAUUAGUUGCGGACGAGUGGCUCUUUCCCCUAAUCAAAUCUGCCACCCAACAUCUGGCGAUAGAUACCCACUUCAUAAACAAUGGGCAAAUCGAAGCACAUUGAUGAUAAUGCCAAUUGCUGGUCAAGGGAAAGGUGGAGUUUUAGAUAAACCAAUAAUAGAAAAAACAACUCCAGGGCGGGAGUCUGAGUUUGAUUUGAGGAAGUCGAGGAAAAUGUCUCCACCUUAUCGUGUGCUGCUGCAUAACGACAAUUACAAUAAAAGGGAGUAUGUUGUGCAGGUACUUAUGAAGGUUAUACCGGGGAUGACUCUUGAUAAUGCUGUGAAUAUUAUGCAAGAAGCACACUACAAUGGGUUGUCUGUGGUGAUAAUAUGCGCUCAAGCUGAUGCAGAAGAGCACUGCAUGCAGCUUCGAGGCAAUGGCCUUUUGAGCUCAAUUGAGCCUGCCAGUGGUGGUUGUUGACAACAUGCCUUUGGGUAAUUUAUAAGUAGCAACUUGGCAUGUAAUUCGACACCGCAUAUAUGUGUACAUAAAAAAGUUGGAAGAUGAAUUGUCUAUCCUGAGUACCAUAUUACUAUGAUUACGAUACACAUAAUAAACUUAUUUCAUAUUCACUUGUGGAUUA